AUGGAGUCUGGGAAGGGGAGGCCCGAGUCCUUGAGUGUGCGAGAGCAGGCGACACAAGCGGGGCCCGGCUUCGUGCAAGGUGCUUGCAAGAGCGAAAUGUGCCGCGAGAUUGGCGUCCAAGCCUUCCCGAAGGUCUGCACUGAGAGUGCCUGCCAAGUGGAUCCCGUCGUGGCCGGACGCACGGACACCGCUUGUGGUCCUGAGUGGCCCAGCCUUUCCAGCUGCGGCGUGCAGUGUAAGGUGAAGAGCUGCGACUCCUCGAGCCAAUGCGAAGUGAAAUCCGUUCAGAGCUCCUGUCAGGCGCAAUUCCCCUCUCGGCAGCAGACGGGCGACGCAAAAGCCGACCUGGAGAUGGAUGUGUAUUCAGGGGUUCCAGGCUGGAGGGAAGUGCUUCUGCAAGCCGGUUUCGUAGACCUCCUCCGCUUUCUGCUGGUCUUCUUUGGGAACGGCUUGGCCUUGGCGGGCAUCCUCUUGGCGGAGCUGCCCUCACAGGAGCUGUGGCCCAUGCUUGCCAGCCUCAUUGCAAUCUUGCCCUUCAAUGCGCUGGAGUUGCUUUUCUUCGAGAUGUUCCCCCCCAGCCGGCGGAGCGCGAACAAGCUGCGGAUUUGGCGUCGCCGACACCCCAACAUGAACAUGGUGGUCCAGGCUGCGGUGGUGGGCUUGACACCGGACGCCUUGCAGCUCUACCGUGCACCCAUGCAGCCGGGCGGACGCCGCUUCACUGGUGUGGUGGGCCCCGCUCCGGAGUCGGGGGCGCCCACGGGCGCUGUGCGGAAGGUGCCGGGCACGGCGGAGCUGUGUGCUGUGCAGUGCCCGAUGUGUCGGCAACUGUCGCCGAUUCCUCGCAUGGGCGACUUGUGGCGAAGCACUCGCUUCCUUCUCUACUGUCAUUUGCCCCAGCUGGUUCUGGCCUCCUGGCUGCUGGGCCGUCGCCUUGCGGCUCUGGGUUCAGACCUGGACUAUGGCAGAGCCGCUAUACAUGGUGGUGCUGUAGCAGCCCAUGCCAUUCUGGUGUUUUGGAUCUUUGGCUAUUGGAUCCUCUACAGAUGUCGCCGUCGCGCCCAGCAGCUCAAAGUGGCUGACCUUUCAGCAGAGUUAGAUGUGGACACAGUGAAGCUGAGAUGGGAGGGCAUUCAAGAGGUGCUUUGUGAAGCCUGGUUCGUGGUUUUUCACAGCUUCGAUCGGAAGAACAUCCUCCGUAUUGAGAUGCUGCCUUCGGAGCCCCUGAACCAGCUACCUUCCGAUCCUGCUUUAGAGUUACACGGCAUUCCUUCGGGCCACUUCUGGAUCUCCGUGCUCUCCUGGCACCGCUCGGGCGGGCUAUCGAUGCCUUUGGCCAUGGGCCACUGUGAAAUCCCUGGGAACGAGGAGGAGGAGGAACUCAAAGGUCCGCGGAAGUCUUGCGUGGACGCGCAGACUGAGGCGUACCCUAAGGUGCACGACGUGGGGACGGAUCCGUUGCAUGUGCUCCGGCCGACGGCCGACGCCGAGUGCCAGAACGUGGCAAUCUCCGUGGACGCGGUCACUCAGUUCCCCCCAUGCCCGGUGGAGCUGGUGGACGCGGCGACCGCGCCCGCAGAGCGCACCAGCAGCGAACAUCGCCGCAGCGCCAGCGGCUCGGCCGUGGGCUGCUUUGACCUGCCGGUGCCGCUGCGCCCGGAGGACCAAGCAAGUUCGUCAACCCCUGAGGGCGCCAAAGGGCUGUGGUUGAGCUGGGCGCCCGUGGGCCUCCAGGAGCUGGCACCACGAUUGGUGGCCCAAGCGCGGCUCGUGGGGGGUGAAGACCUGGUCUUCGCAGCGAUGGGUGUGAACCGCGCCAACUUUCAGCUGGAGGCGGGCCGCUACGAGCUGCUUCUGAGCUGUGAGCUGGGGCACUGCCAAGCGGAGGUGCUUCGCUGUCCACACCCACGCUGUCAGCAACGCUUCUGGGCGAACGACCUCCAGGCGCACCUGAGCCGCUGUGCUUGGCAGCCGCGCAUGUGCUCGCGCGCGGCGGAUGGCUGCGAUUGGCAGGGCACCAGUGACGAAUUGGAGGAACAUGAGCUGGAGUGUCUGGCCUUGGAGCUCCACUGCCGGCAUCAACACUUUGGGUGUCGAUGGGUGGGCCCCGCGACGGCGGAGUCCCAGCAUCUCAAGGUCUGUGAGGUUCACCAACUCACGACGCUCAUCGAAGAGCUGGACGCCUUGCUCAAUGAGGCGUGUCCUGACUUCCGCCACCCUGAGAUGCUGAAGCAUCUCGCGCGCCUGGCGGAGUACCGACGCUUCGUACGACCGGGCACUUGGAAGGAGUGGAAGAGCGCUGGCAGCUGCUGCAACUGCAUGAAGGUCAUGGACCGGAAGGAGAAAGGCUUGCAGUGCGAGGCUGCCAACUCACACCUUUGUUGGACUUGCAUGCCCAACCACAUCGACUGGAAAAGCCUGAGGGAAGCAAGACCAGGCUCCAAGUGA